AUGUUUGCUAAAUUAUGUACUAUAUACGCUUUCUUUUUAAUUGCGAUCACAACUAUAACCAUAGGAGCAUCUCUAGAGGUAUCACCAAAAUUGACUAGUCACCAUGCUCAAUUGGAAAAGUAUGGACCACCAAAUCAGCAGUCUCUGAGUCGUCGUGGACAUUUGAAUAAGCGACUUCAAUUUCCCGAGUGUAAAGAUGAGAACGAUGUAGUCCUUUAUUCAUAUUGUGAUAAAUUGAGAAAAAUAAGUGUUCAUUGUCAAAAUCCUGAUGGUAAUCUCAACACUUUUGAUAAAUCAUGUGAAAAGGAUGAAGUAUGUAUUGAUUAUAAUGAUGCUAGUGGAAAUCAUCAGGCACUUUAUAUUAAAGUACGUGAAGAUAGAAAAGUAUUUUGA